UUGACUUCUUUUCUUUUCUUGCUUCCUUCGCUAUAUUAAGUAAUCGUACUGUUGCAGAAGUAGGAAUGUGGCUUUCACCCAAUCUGUUCAGGCUAAAUUCUUAAUAAACUUUCUCCGGAGUGGAUUCAUAGUCAUCUCACGACGACAUGGAAUUUACCUUCAACGUUUGCCGAUGGAUAAAUCUGAGUUUAAUAUCUACGAUCAUGAUUUGUACCUUGAUGUCGACAUCGACUGGGGUUGCGAGGAGCGACCGGAAAGUUCUCCGCGUGGACGGCGAUUUGAUCAUCGGAGCACUGUUCUCGGUCCAUGUCCCGCCGACGACCGAAGUGGAAGCGACGGCACGCGAAUGCGGCCGGGUACGGGAACAGUACGGGAUCCAUCGAGUAGAAGUCAUGCUUCAUACCCUAGCGAAAAUCAACAAGGACCCUAAAAUACUCAAGGACGUCACUUUGGGUUGCGAGAUCAGGGACUCUUGCUGGUAUUCCUCAGUGGCCCUUGAACAGAGUCUUCAAUUCAUAAGCGAUAAUCUUGAGUCUGAGAGACCGGACGAGAAGAGUACCCGGCCAGAAUGCAGUGGGACUACGGAAGGCGACGAGUUCGUAAGCUCCCGAAAGCAAAUCACAUCAGUGAUAGGGCCAGGGUCCAGUGAGGUUGCGAUCCAGGUCCAGAAUCUCCUUCAGCUCUUCAAUAUUCCUCAGGUUGCGUACUCUGCGACUAGUCGUGACCUGAGCGAUAAGACCCUCUAUGAAUACUUCUUGAGAGUUUGCCCGUCGGAUACUCUUCAGGCUCAAGCUAUGGUGGAUAUUGUACUGAGAUAUAACUGGACAUACGUUUCUGUGGUGCAUACAAUAGGUAAGUGA